GAUCAGUCGGCCCCGAGACGUUGGAGAAAUCAGACGUUUAAUUUUGGCGCGCUCAUUUUCUACGUCGAUCUGCAUUUCGUUUCAAAGGCCCCUCAAGUGGAUUUGUUGCUCGCCAAUCAUUCGAUCCCUUCGUCGUGCUUCAGUUUAACUAUAGAUUGGAAUUCGAUUCAACCCCACGACUUGUUAUUCAUCCAUUAGUACAAUAAGCAUAUUUCGAUCCAACCAACAACAAACAUCUGAUUGUUAAUGGAAAUAAUGGCCGUUUCAUAAUCGUUGAACAGGUUUAAACCAGACGAUAUUUUAUUUGGCAAAAUAAAAACUCAACCGUUCACUUUGUUGAACUCUUUCAUCCCAGAAGGAACAGCUAUAACGGAUCGUGUUUGCGUCGCCCAACGAAACGCGAAACGCAAGCCAACGAGAGACUGUGAAAUUGCCUGUUAGCUUGAAUUAGAGAAACAGAAUUUCCAUUUACAAAAAUGGUUAACUCGGAUAUUGUUGGAUUUUACCGUGAUCGUUCCAUCUUCAUCACUGGCGCCACAGGAUUUAUGGGCAAAGUACUCGUAGAGAAACUUCUACGAUGCUGCCCGGGUAUCAAGAAUCUCUACCUGUUGAUGAGACCCAAAGCGGGCAAUGAUAUCCGCACACGUUUGGAAGAACUGAUCAGCACUAAGGUAUUUGAUAAUUUACGGCGAGAUUCUCCGGAAUUGCUGAACAAACUAGUACCUAUUGCGGGUGAUAUGUCGUUGCCAAGUUUGGGCGUCUCACCGUCGGAUAUCAAGAUGUUGAGCGAUAACGUCUCCAUCGUCUUCCAUUCUGCAGCCACCGUUAAAUUUGACGAAGCCCUUAAAAGCGCCGUAGAAAUGAACCUCAAAGGCACAAUGAGAUUGAUCGAGCUCGUCCGCAAAAUGGAUCGUCUUGAGGCUCUUGUCCACGUUUCGACAGCUUACGCUAAUUGCGAUAAAGAUGAAAUUGCUGAAAUGAUUUAUCCCCCACCGGCCGAUCCCCACAAGCUCAUGGAAUGCGUUGACUGGAUGGAUGAAGAAUUGCUAAAGGGCAUCACCAAAAAAUUAAUUGGUAAACGCCCCAACACUUACACGUAUACCAAAGCGCUGGCCGAACACUUGCUGCUGGAGGAAUGCGGCGGUAUUCCACUUGCCAUUGUGAGACCGACCAUCGUUACAGCGGCCAUGAAAGAACCUAUCCCCGGUUGGGUUGAUAACUUAAACGGACCUACAGGUUUGAUCGCCGGAGCUGGUAAAGGUUUACUUAGGACACUUUGGUGCCAUACAACAAUGGUGGCUGACGUUAUUCCCGUUGAAUUCCCCAUCAAUUUGAUGAUUGCCGUCGCCUGGCACACUGCCACAUACAAGCCCAAUAACAUUGUGGUGUACAAUUGCGCUUCUGGCUAUCACAAUCCACUCACCUGGGGCCAGAUUGAAAGUCUAGGUCGAGUAGCGCUGCUGAAAUAUCCCAUGAGCGAAGUGAUGUGGUACCCCAGUGGUAGCUUCAAGAGCAACCUGACCCUACACAAAAUCGAUGUCGUGCUUUAUCAUUACUUGCCUGCGUACUUUCUCGAUUUUCUGGCUCGCCUGAGUGGCAAACCGCCUAUGCUGGUUCGCCUGUACGAUAAGGCUCACCGUGCCAUGUCGUGCCUCAACUAUUUUACUACUCAUGAAUGGCGAUUCAUCAGCGAGAAUCCGAUUCACCUGCUGGAGAAGAUGUCACCAGAGGAUCGCCGUAUUUUUUACUUUGACGUGCGCACCAUCGACUGGGCUUCGUAUCUCGAGACUUACGCCCUCGGCACGCGCCGUUUCAUCCUCAAGGACGACCCUAGUACCUUGCCGGCUGCCAGGAGGCACCUGACACGAAUGUUCUGGAUUCAACAAAUAUCGCGCGUUGCUGUUCUACUGCUCUUCUGGAGGGCUGUUGUGUCACGUUCGGAGACUGCCCGUCGCGUUUGGAACCUGGCCUUUACCAUGCUCGUCUCUAUGAUGCGGCGGUUGUCUGCAGGCGCUGGCAUCGGCAUCGCCAAGUAAAGGCCAAGAAAACAAAACAAAAGAAAAUGGAUUGCGUGUAAAAGGCGGUGUGCUUCUUUUGCCCAAGACUUCCGUUUAGAGAAGGGGGCUUAUGGGUUAUAUUCUAAAAUAUCUAUUAUCUCUUUAUUUUAUCGAUUUUUUUCCCUCUUAAUGCCGUCCGCCCCUCGUCUACCGAGAGUUUGAUAUUUGACGCCCUAUGCGUUGCAGAAAAUGUUAAAAAGCAAACAAGCAAACAAAAA